CACAGCCCGGAGGUGGGCUUCCCAGACAGGCUGCCUUCCAGCCCUUCCUGGGGCCUCCUUCCUCCUGGUCCCCUCCUCCUGCCCUCCCCACCCCUCCCCCGCAGCCCUUAUAGCCACAUCCUGCAAGGAAAAACCCCAGACUCCCGAGCUGCACGGAGCCGGAGCCGAGAAUGCGCGUGGGAGCCCAGCCGCCCCGGGCACCGGGCUCAGCCCUCCUGCUCCUGGGGCUGGUGCUGGGCGCUGCGGCCGGGCUCAGCUGUGACGGGGACACCUACCCCGGCGGGAAGGGGUGCUGUAAGGAGUGCCAGCCAGGCUAUGGCAUGGAGAGCCGCUGUACCAACACCCGGGACACGGUGUGCCGCCAGUGUGAGCCCGGCUUCUACAAUGAGGCGGUCAACUACGAGGAGUGCAAGCCCUGCACACAGUGUAACCAGAGAAGUGGGAGCGAACCCAAGCAGAGAUGCACACCCACAAGAGACACGGUCUGCAGCUGCAGGCCAGGCACCCAGCCCCAGGACGGCUACGGCUAUAAGCGUGGCGUUGACUGUGCCCCGUGCCCGCCAGGACACUUCUCCCUGGGCAACAACCAGGCCUGCCAGCCCUGGACCAACUGCACCUCCCUAGGCAAGCGAACCGUGCGGAGGCCCAGCAACAGCUCGGACGCCGUCUGUGAGGACAGGAGCCCCCCGGCCACCCCGGCCUGGGAGACCCCAGGCCCCCCGGCCCGGUCCACCGCGGCCCAGCCCACCACCGCCUGGCCGAGGGCCUCGCAGGGACCCUCCACGCCCCACGCGGAGCCCCCCAAGGGCCCCGAGCUGGCGGCCGUCCUGGGCCUGGGCCUGGGCCUGGGCCUGCUGGCCCCUGUGGCUGCCGCGCUGGCCCUGCUCCUGCACCACAGGGCCUGGAGGCUGACGCCCAACACCCCGAAGCCCCCCGGGGCCCACAGCUUCCGGACGCCCAUCCAAGAGGAGCACGCCGACGGCAGCUCCAGCCUGGCCAAGAUCUGAGCAGCGUCCGCGGGGGUGGGAGCGGGCGCCCUCCCCAGGCUGGGGCCCCGGAGGGGCCG